AUGACAGAGUAUUGGGACACUGAAAAAGUCAAAGAGAAGAGUGACACCACAUCAGCUGCUUGGAUGUCUGAGCUUAAUGGACUUGGUCCUCAUGUUCACUUCUCAGGGCAGAAGUCCUGCCUCAAAAUUCAACAAGAAAUGGAAGAAGAGUUGGGAAGACCGGUGAGUCUUGACCGAAAGUCCAAGACUGUGGCUGAAGCAUAUAGGAAGAACCUGGAAUCCAAGUUGGCUGACCUCGGGAUAGACUCAGAGACUUCAGAUGGUACUUCACCAUCGUUGGGGCUAUCCGUAGAAGAGGAGAAUGAGAUUUUUCUUCAGUCGACUUUCAUAAAUGAGCGAGGAAUUCCUUAUGGAAUUGGAAGCCUCUUAGAGACGCUUGUCAAUGGAAAGAGGAAAUGCCCAGGAAGCUCUUCAACAUACAAGGGACUGGAAGAACUUCUACAAGAAACUCAUCGCAAAAUAGAAGAACAAGCGGCUGAGAACUCCAAGCGUGAAGCAGAGCAACAAGCCAAGCUGGACAAAUUAUCUAUGGUGGAAAGUUAUUUGACUGAAACUGAUCCAAAGUUCAUGGAUUUUUUGGCUGCAAAUCAAACUCUUCCAAGUGAUCCGAUUCAUGCAGCUACAAGCUCUAAUCCGACCCCAGAAACAUACGUUCUUCUACGUCUCUGUUUUUUAAGUAUCUAG